AUGUGUCCAUCGGUAGCGGUUGUGAACCGUGCCAUGGAUGAUCACUCAACGGCGAUUGCGGGCGACAAACCGGAUAAUGUGAGAGCAAAAAGCGAGGAAAUUAUUGUUGCCGAGAAGCGUCUCUCGGGUGUUAUAGAGUAUCUGAAACAAAAGUUGAACAAUACAGUCGAAGAGGUUGAGAGAAUUCGUGCGGAGAAUCUGCAAUUAAAAACGAAUAUCGCUCAGUACAAUAAAAAGUAUGCAAACGAUUGA